AUGGGUGACCCUGAAGAUGAAAUAGUCGAUAUGGACUUGGACAGUGAUUCCGAGACCAGUAAAACUUGUAAAAAUCCUGAAUUUGUUAAGUAUCAUUGUAAAUCAAAGUCUUGUCAAGAUUCCUCGACAAAUGCAAAUUUUAACGUUAAUCAGGAUUCUCUAAAUAUUCAACCUCGAUCAAAUAAUCCUUUGUCCGUUUUUGGUAACAACCGUUCCACAAACCUCAAUGUCUCUCCGACAUCUGAGGCUCAUAAAGAAAUUUGUCCUCCUUCGGUAUCAGCUGACCUCGAAAAAACUGAAUUGUCCUCUAAAGUAAUUCCUUCGCCUGAUCAAAAUACUAAGAUAAUGGAUUUAGAUUUCAAGCCUUCUAUUGCAUCUCUAUCAAAUAAUU